GGCCCCAAAACAGUCUACACAUCAGGAGGGAUGGCUGGGGCUCUUGAGCUAUAAGUGGCACCUCAGGGCCCUGACGGGCGUCUCGCCAUGCUGCUCCUGGGCCUGCUGCUGCUGCUGCCCCUGCUGGCUGGCGCCCGCCUGCUGUGGAACUGGUGGAAGCUCCAGAGCCUCCACCUCCCACCUCUUGCCCCGGGCUUCUUGCACCUGCUGCAGCCCGACCUCCCCAUCUAUCUGCUUGGCCUGACUCAGAAAUUCGGGCCCAUCUACAGGCUCCACCUUGGGCUGCAAGAUGUGGUGGUGCUGAACUCCAAGAGGACCAUUGAGGAAGCCAUGGUCAAAAAGUGGGCACUUUGCUGGCAGACCUGAGCCACUUACCUGUAAGGGCUGGGGGCAUUUUUUCUUUCUUAAACAAAUUUUUUUUUGUUAGAGAUGGGGUCUUGCUAUGUUGCCCAGGCUGGUCUUGAAUUCCUGGUCUCAAGUGAUCCUCCCACCUCGGCCU